UGAUCGUUACAAGAAUGAAGCAUAUGAAAGAAGUAUGGAAAGUGAGGCAUGUGAUAAUACGAUUGGACAAUUUGACCCUAUUGAAGAAAUUUCAGGAAAGAAAAAGGAUGAAUGGAGCAAAAUCAAAUUUAUGCUGCCUUAA